CAGCUGUUUCCAAGGACUUAAAUCUAAACAAUAUCUACACUACACAAAUUAAUAAUGAUACUGGGUGAAACUAUCCAACAACUAAAGGUCCUCAUAAUAUUGUUCUGCAUGCAUCUUCAUUUCACCCUUGAAAAAGUUGAAUAAAUUGAAUUUUAUAUUAAGGUAUCUUAUCUUACACUAACAUUUAAAGUUUUGGCAAUGGACCUAGUUUGCAAGAAAACUUGUAAAAAGUUUCUUUGCCAACGACAUGCAAAAUUAUUCACAAUAUUUUCUGUGCGAUGUUACUCAAGAAAUGUUGUCGUUACUGGAAUAGGAAUUGUAUCUCCAUUAGGAUGUGGUACACAAAGAGUAUGGGAGCGAUUAAUAAACGGUUCUUGUGGUAUAACUAACCUCAAAGGUGAAGGAUAUGAAAGAAUAUCUUGCAAGGUGGCAGCUUACGUUCCUCGAAAUGAAUUUGAUGAAAAACUUUAUGUAGAUCGCUCAAAAUCUAUGAUGUCAUCAUAUGCACUUGCUGCUUCAGAUGAAGCUUUAAAAGAUGCAAAGUGGAAGCCGACAACAGAGAAAGAACAAUGGAACACGGGCGUUUCUAUAGGUGUUGGGAUGGUUGAGUUGGAUUAUGUUUGCGAAACCGGGAAUAAUUUACUUGUCAAAGGCCCAAGGUCUGUGUCGCCUCAUUUUGUACCGAGGAUAUUAUUGAACUUACCAGCUGGAGAGGUGGCAAUGAGACAUCACCUCAAAGGCCCAAGUCAUUGUGUUUCUACUGCAUGUGCUACUGGUGCUCAUGCCAUCGGUGAUGCAAUGAGGUUUAUUGCCCAUGGUGAUUGUGAUGUCAUGGUUGCUGGGGCAACAGAGGCUUGUAUUUCUCCACUUGGAUUAGCAGGGUUCUCACAAAUAAGAGCAUUGGCUAAAAGCUUCAAUGAAUUUCCUGAAAAAGCCUCAAGACCUUUUGAUGUAGAUAGGGAAGGUUUUGUAAUGGGAGAAGGUGCUGCAAUGCUUGUUUUAGAAGAAGAAAGUCAUGCAUUAGCACGUCGCGCAAAUAUUUAUUCAAGGCUUGCUGGUUAUGGACUCUCAGGGGACGCUGAAAAUAUAGUGUUGCCUUCAGAAGGAGGCUCAGGUGCGAAACGAGCGAUGGCAAGUGCAAUUCAAGACUCUGGUUUCAGAGUGUUAGAUAUAACUUAUAUAAAUGCGCAUGCAACCUCAACUCCGCACGGAGAUCGGACAGAAGCUGUUGCAAUAUCCACUUUAUUUAAAAAUCAUAUAAAUAAUUUAGCAGUCUCAUCAUCAAAGGGGGCGGUUGGACAUUUGCUAGGAGCAGCUGGUGCAAUUGAAGCUGCAUUCACUGUUCUGGCUUGCCAUCAUUCUGUUCUUCCGCCAACACUAAACUUAGACAAGCUUGACCCUAAUAUUCAUUUAGACUGUGUGCCAUUGCAGUCGAGAAGUUGGAAAACUAAUGGCCUAAGGGUGGCACUUAGUAACUCGUUUGGUUUCGGUGGGACCAAUGCCGCACUCUGUUUUACUAGCGUAUAGAAUAUUAUUUAAUUUGAUAUCCUCCUUUCA